AUGUUGCUCGUACUAAUCGUAUCACGGCAGUGUGACCUAUGCCAUUCUCGCAAGGUUCGCUGCGAUAGGCACAAUCCAUGUGGCAACUGCCAGGAUGCGGGAAUUUCAUGUUAUCGUCGGCGAGAUACGAAGCGAAGAAGUAAACGUAUUCGCCGCCAGGGUUAUCGGAAUAACCGCAACCCCUCCAAACCCCAAACUCAAAUGAUACCUGAUUAUCGGUUCGAUGCGAAGGUUGCAGACAUAAGCAAUAACACCUCAACUGAGGUCAUGCCAGAGUGCUCCAUCCCAAGUCACUACCUAGACGAUUUCUUUAAGCCAGGAACGAGACUCUCGUAUGAUCCAGCUUAUGAUGCGCAGAUGACAGUCCAGCAUCAACUGCAACAUUUACAAGGUCUCACUAUGGAUAGACGCAUGGUUCUCGAAUCGGCCUUGUCUGUCAUCGAGAUAUUAUCUCACAAUUCGAGAGAACUUAUAGAAGGCAACCAGAGGAUUGAGCAGGGCGGAGUACUAUCUCGUAUUCCUUCUACCGAAUUCCUCGCCUGGAUGUUGAAAGAUGUCGAAAGUGAUAGAUUUGGGUCGUUUAUCGCGGAUUACUUCCGACAUAUAUCAAAACCAACGUUGAAACGAAUGGGCCUUUCACUCCUUCACAACAGAGCACCGCCGUCCGAGUGUCAAAUCAAUACUGCCUGCGUCAAUGCUUUUGCUUAUAGGUUUCUCACAACUGUGAUGAACCUUGAAGAUGAUUCUGAACUUACCCUUGAGCUAAGGAAGAGUGCCACAGAGUAUAGAUCUGCCGCCCAGGCUGCAUUCAAGCAGAUACCGCUUCGAACAACACCAUCCCUUGGACUUCUACAAGCUCUUAUCUGUCUUUACCAAACGUGUGGCGACGUUGAUUUGGCCAGCGACCUUAUCGAAUCCGCUUAUAAAAUUUGCAUCGAUUUGGAUCUCGAGAACACGGUUCUCCAUGGAAACGCAACGGAGGAAGAAGUUUUCUGUUUUAUUCGGUGUUACACAUUAAACAGAAACUAUGCGUUCAAAUCACGGAAAGCGUGGUGCCCUCUCCACGUUGAAGUACCAUUCAAUCUCUGUGACUUAUACCCUACUUACCCUCCGAUAUCUGAACUCCUACUCAUUUAUCUCGAUCUUGCCCAUGUACAAGAUACAAUCAUAUCCUGGUCAUUGGGUCGUUCAUUGAGCCGUCAAUUGACCAACGAACAUGAAUUAUUACUCCAUCAUCCAGAAAAAUACAUAUUACAGAAGAUGCAAUCUAUUCAAGGAAGAAUGAUCCAGAUCUUUUCGUUCUCUUCUCAUUGGAAGGGACUUGACUCCCAGGCGGAAAUCUCUACACUGAAGUACGCCUACCAGUCGGUCAUGACCGCAAUAUUAUAUCUUCUUCAGAAGGGACACAUUCAAACACCCGGGACAACGGAGAGUUAUCUGCAGUCUGCUCGUCAAGAACUCUCUAUGUUAGUAUCUAUGUGCCAAUCUUCUGAGAAACAAACGGCAGUCAAUUUUCUGAAUCGGACUGUCCUGCUCUACCCUGUGACAGCAUACCUUGUUCUAUUCUGCAAUGUUGUUGCUACAUCUGAUAUCGGCGAUUUCAACCUCAUGAAGGCUAUAGUUGAUUGCCUAGCUCAAAGUGGAGUUAGCUAUCCCCUUGUCCGAUUGCAGACGCUCUUUCAGAGGUUUUUAAGGCUUUCGCAGGAUUUUUUCGAUGAUGAAAGGAGGGCCAUGCAGGGAACUUAUACGGAUUCUGGGUCAUACAUCUUCUGGAACGCAGAUAAUUGUGCUGUCAACCAGUUGAUGCUGACUGGAGCAGAGAACUAUUCUGAGAUGUUCAGUAUGCCAGAGACGGAGCUGUUUCUGGAAUAUAAUGAUUCACCUAUGUGA